AUGUCUUUACCGUUCGGAGCUAAAUGCAUUAAAUGUUUGUUAUUUACUUUUAAUUUAUUAUUUGUGGUAACAGGUAUUAUUUUAAUAAUAAUUGGUUCUGUUAUAAAAACUCCCUACAGUGCUUACCACUACAUUUUGGAUCAUGGUUUUUUUGCUAUUCCUGUUCUUUUAAUAUUUAUCGGUAUUAUUAUAUUUUUCGUUUCUUUUUUCGGAUGCUGUGGAGCUGUGAAGGAAAAUUAUUGUAUGACUAUAACUUUUGGCGUAUUACUUUUAUUAAUUUUAAUUCUUGAAAUCAGCGGAGGAAUUGCUGGUUAUGUUUUAAGAGAUAAAGUUUCAACAGAAUUAAAAACUGAUUUAUUAAAUUCUAUGCAAAGUUACAAUAGUAGUAAAGAUGUUAAAAAUAUGUGGGAUAUUGCUCAAUCAACAUUUUAUUGUUGUGGUGCACUCGAAGCUAACGAUUGGAAUUCUUUCAUUCCUACCUCAUGUUGCCCCAAUGUCACAAAUGUAUGUACCCUGAAUGACACAUAUAAAGAACCAUGCUACAAUUAUUUGGAAAAUUUAUUUACAUACAAUGCUGGAGCAUUAGGUGGUGCAGGAAUUGGCAUUGCUGUUAUACAGAUAUUGGGAAUAUUAUUUUCUUAUAGUUUGGCCAUGUCCAUCAAGGAGCAAUAUGAAUCUCUGGAAAAAGAUUAG